CUGAAACGCUUACAAAUAUAAUAAAAUGAAAAGUAUUUGAAGAUGAAUAAAAAUUGUAUAUGUCACCAUGAUAAGCAACGAUCGACAAAAAUAUCCAAAAAAUCCACGGCAAAAUACAAAUAUAAUUUCUCUUCUCACUUUUUGGUGGACCCGAAAAAUUUUUCGAACUGGUUACAAAAAAGAUUUGGAGGAAUCCGAUCUUUACGCCACUCUUACACAAGACAGAACCAACAACUUAGGCGAAAUUAUAGGCAAAGCUUGGGAAAGAGAAGUGGAAUUAUGCGCUAAAAAGAAAAAUGGUAGCAAACCACAAUUACUUAGGGUGCUAUUGCGCUGUUUCGGAAAACCGCUUCUUCUAAUUGGAAUUGCAGAAGCAGUUAUGGAGUUGUUUUCUAGAAUGUAUCAACCGUUAUUACUUGCUACUUUGUUGCGCUAUUUCGCGAUCAACAAGAAAGAAUGGAACAACGAGGUGUAUUAUAGCGCAGUCGGUAUAAUUCUUCUGUCCAUCAUGGACACUUUUAUUACUCAUUAUUGCGUACAUUGCUCCUUUCACAUAGGAUUGAAAAUUAAAGUGGCUUGUACCGCCUUGAUUUAUCAAAAAAUAUUAAAACUCUCCAAUUCUGUGUUAGACAGUGAAACAUCCGUUGGACAGAUGGUAAAUUUUCUGAGUAGCGAUAUUACUAGAUUGGAAACGUCUCUGGUAGAUCUGCAUUACAUUUGGAUCGCUCCUCUUCAAAUCAUAUGGAUUACAUACAUUACAUUUUUUGAAAUUGGUUGGGCAGCAUUGAUAGGAAUAUCGGUGUUCUUACUGUUUAUGCCUUUUCAAGCGUGCUUGGCGAAGAUAAUUGCACCUUUAACGCUCAAAUUAGCAGAAAAGACAGACAAUAGACUUAGACUGAUGAAUCAAGUAAUUACUGGAUUACAAGUAAUUAAAAUGUAUGUUUGGGAGAUUCCUUUUUCUAAUCUCGUGGAAAAGGCGAGAAAGCAUGAAAUGAAUGUAAUAAAGAAAUACUCCAUCUUGAAACAAUUAGCUCUUACUCUUGACUGCUAUAUACCACGACUUAGUAUUUUCGUUGCAGUAUUGGCAUAUGUCCUAUUCGGAAAUUACAUCAAUGCUGAAAAAGUGUACUUGGUAACAGCAUAUUACAACGUUUUACGGAAUUCGUUAAUUUUUGGAUUUUCGAUGGGUCUUCAUCAAUUGGUACAGGCAUUAGUUUGUAUUCGUCGUCUACGAAGAUUCAUGCUGCACGCUGAGAUCACUAAAACAAGACAAAACAUAUGUCAAACUGUCAUUGAUUCGUACGCAAUUUGUAUGACUAACGUAAGCGCCAAAUGGCACGGCGACGGAAAAGAAGACACGUUGCGUGACGUGAGUUUAAGCGUGCCACCUGGAAGCUUCAUCGCUAUUGUCGGUCAGGUGGGUUCGGGUAAGAGCAGUCUCUUGCAAGCGAUACUUCAGGAAUUACCUCUGACAAGUGGAAGCAUCGAAUGCUGUGGCAGAAUAAACUACGUCAGCCAGCAGCCGUGGAUUUUUGCAUCCACUGUGAAGCAGAAUGUUCUGUUCGGUCAGACGAUGGAUAAGACGCGUUACGACGAAGUGAUCGGAGUCUGCCAGAUGGAAUCAGACAUAAACUCAUUUCCCCAUGGCGAUCUCACCAUCGUGGGCGAGAGAGGGAUAAAUCUGAGCGGUGGUCAACGUGCUAGAAUCAACCUGGCAAGAGCGAUUUACAAAGACGCCGAUAUCUACCUGCUGGAUGAUCCUCUCUCCGCCGUGGAUACGCACGUCAGCAGACGUCUUGUAGACAAGUGUAUCUUUGGCUAUUUAAAAGGGAAAACAAGGAUUCUGGUGACGCAUCAGCUACAGUAUUUGCAACUCGCCGAUCAGAUUAUUGUGAUGAACAAUGGUAGUAUCGAGCAGAAAGGUACAUUCGACCAAUUACAAACAUUGGGCCACGAUUUUAUGAAGCUGGUGAAGGCGACAGACACAAAGGACAAAGAAACUGAGCAUAGACAGUCCGAGAUGCAGCGUCGAAUUUCGAUGAAGGCUGAAACGAAGGAUCACGGGGACAUUUUGCCGAUUGAUACGCAGGAAACGCUGGCGAAGGGUCGCAUAUCUCGCAAAAUAUUCUUCGCUUACUUUAAGGCGAGUAAGAGUCCUAUCAUGAUCACAUUGAUGAUGUUAAUCUUCUUAGCGAACCAGGUAGUAUCCGGCGGUAGCGAUUAUUUCGUCGCGUUCUGGGUAAACGUCGAAUCGAGCUCGUGGCAUGAAAUGGGCAAUUCUACCCUGGACUUUCAGUGGGAAGGUCCAUUGCCUCGCGAUUCCAUGAUCUAUAUAUACAGCGCUAUGAUAGCGGCCAUCAUACUACUGUGGCAAUUCCAAACAGUCGUGUACUUUAAUGUGUGCAUGUGGUCCUCGAUAAAUCUCCACUCCGCCAUGUUUCGCAGUAUAUUGCGUGCAACCAUGUAUUUCUACAGUACUAAUCCAGCUGGCCGUAUAUUAAACAGGUUUGCUAGAGAUAUCAAUAUUGUCGACUUAUUGCUGUCAAUGUGCGUAUUCGACAUCAUAAUAAUCGGACUCAUCUCGAUCACGGUAGCAAUUAUGGUCAUAGCGGUUACCCCAUGGCUGGCAAUACCCACUUUGCUUUGCGCUUGCAUUUUCACCUAUUUUCGAAUGAUAUAUAUCAGUACUAGUCGCAGUAUCAAGCGUCUCGAAGGGACAACACGUUCGCCGAUCUUCGAUCUUCUUGGGGCAUCUCUGCAAGGUCUGACGACAAUUAGAGCUUUUGGCGCUGAAGAAAUAUUAAUAUCUGACCUAUGCGUUCAUCAGGAUGUUCAUACGUCCGCUUGCUUCCUCUUCCUGUCCACUUCUCGAGCAUUCGGCUUCUACAUCGAUGUUAUUUGCCAGCUUUACAUUGGAGCAAUAAUCAUAGCUUUCACUGUUUUUGACGGAUUGGCUGUUGUUAGUAACAUCGGUCUGAUAAUCACGCAAACUAUGGCAUUGACAAACAUGCUGCAGUGGGGAAUUAGACAAACGGCCGAGCUGGAGAGUCAGUUGACCUCUAUAGAGAGAAUACUCGAGUACAGCCAUUUGGAGGAAGAGCCGAUGAUUGACAGCAAACCGGAUGCUAAGCCGCCGGACGAUUGGCCUACAAAGGGUCUUGUGAAGUUUAAAAACGUAAACUUAAAAUACAAUCCUCGAGGUGCUUGCAUCCUCAAGAAUAUCAGCUUUACUGUCAUGCCGGAAGAAAAGAUCGGUAUCGUCGGCAGAACUGGCGCAGGAAAGUCAUCUGUGAUCAACGCUCUCUUUCGGUUGGCCUACGUGGAAGGUGAGGUCCUCAUAGACGAUGUAUCCACUGGUGUGAUCGCCCUGCACGACUUCCGCUCGAAGAUCAGUAUUAUUCCUCAAGAGCCAUUUCUGUUCACUGGUAGUCUGCGACGGAAUCUCGAUCCUUUCGAUCAGUAUUCGGACGCCGUACUGUGGCAAGCGCUCCAAGACGUCGAGCUGAAGGAAACGAUUUCCGAGAUGGCUGCCGGAUUGAACACAAAGGUGUCUGAUGAGGGAUCGAACUUCAGCGUCGGCCAGAAGCAACUGCUGUGCCUCGCGCGUGCUAUUAUCAAAAACAAUCGGAUUAUGAUACUGGAUGAAGCAACUGCCAACAUAGAUCCUUACACGGAUUCCCUUAUACAAAAGACAGUUAGAACAAAAUUUAUAAACUGUACUGUGUUUACCAUAGCUCAUAGAUUGAAUACCAUUAUGGACAGUGAUAGAAUAUUCGUAAUGGAUGCUGGACAUCUUGUGGAACUUGGCCAUCCAUAUAUCCUUUUACGACAAAAAGGACACUUCUAUAAUAUGGUACAGCAGACUGGUACUGCCAUGACCGAGAAUCUUGUUGAUGUAGCCACGAAGAAUUUUUACAAAAAGGAUAGAUCGCCGUCCAGAUAAUCAUAAUUUUCGAUAUGAUCAUGUUCCAAAAGGAUGUUCCAAAAAAUU